AUGUCGAUUAACAUGAAGACGUUUACUCAAGCUCUGGCUAGAACCGCCGCAGUGAUCGAGAAGACGGUUCACACCACAGUACAGGAAGUCACGGGGCCUAAGGCUCUUCAGGACUACGAGCUCCUCGAUCAGAUCGGCUCCGCUGGCCCUGGCCUCGCCUGGAAGCUGUACGCCGCCAAGGCGCGUGACGCCACUCGCUCCCAGCAGUACCCGACGGUCUGCGUCUGGAUGCUUGACAAGCGCGCUUUAUCGGAGGCUCGUGCCCGAGCUGGGCUGUCUAAGGCUGCUGAAGACGCGUUCCUUGAUCUGAUUCGAGCUGAUGCCGGGAAGCUGGUGCGGCUGAGGCAUCCCGGCGUGGUCCACGUGGUGCAGGCGCUCGAUGAGAAUAAGAAUGCUAUGGCUUUAGUUACGGAGCCGCUUUUCGCCUCCGUGGCUAAUGCGCUUGGGAAUGUUGAGAAUGUGGCUAAUGUGCCGAAAGAUCUGAAGUCAAUGGAUAUGAGUUUGUUAGAGGUGAAGCAUGGUCUGCUCCAGAUUUCAGAGACAUUGAACUUUCUACACAAUAACGCCAAUCUCAUCCAUCGAGCCAUAUCUCCAGAGAAUGUUCUCAUUACUUCGUCUGGUUCUUGGAAGCUUGCCGGGUUUGGUUUUGCUAUUUCAGCAGCACAGGCUGGGAACUUGGAUAACAUGCAAUCUUUCCACUAUUCUGAAUAUGACGUUGAGGAUUCAAUGCUGCCGGUCCAGCCGUCCCUAAAUUACACUGCACCUGAACUGAUGCGCAGCAAAAAUCCUUCAGCUGGAGCUUCGUCGGACAUUUUUAGUUUUGGAUGUCUUGCCUAUCAUUUAGUUGCUAAGAAACCGUUGCUAGACUGCAAUAACAAUGUCAAGAUGUACAUGAACACAUUAAACUACAUAACAAAUGAAUCUUUCUCGUCUAUACCCUCGGACUUGGUAUCUGAUUUGCAAAGGAUGCUAUCAACGAACGAGUCCUUUAGACCAACAGCUAUAGAUUUCACAGGAUCUAGUUUUUUUCGAAGUGAUGCUAGGUUACGUGCUCUCCGGUUCCUUGAUCAUAUGCUUGAAAGAGACAACAUGCAGAAGUCUGAGUUUUUAAAAGCAUUAUCAGAUAUGUGGAAAGACUUUGAUUCCCGUGUAUUACGAUAUAAGGUGCUUCCGCCUCUCUGUGCUGAACUUAGGAAUUUGGUUUUGCAACCAAUGAUCUUGCCAAUGGUUCUAACUAUAGCACAAUCUCAGGAUAGGAAUGACUUUGAGUUGAUAACACUGCCUGCUCUUGUUCCUGUUCUGAGUACUGCUUCUGGAGAUACACUACUGCUGCUUGUAAAGCAUGCAGAUCUUAUUACUAACAAGACAAAUAGCGAGCAUCUUGGAUCGCAUGUCCUCCCUUUGCUUCUCCGAGCCUACAAUGAUAAUGAUGUCCGCAUUCAGGAGGAAGUUCUAAAAAAAUCCACAUCUAUCGCGAAGCAACUCGACGGUCAGGUUGUAAAGCAAGUAAUUUUGCCUCGGGUCCAUGGCUUAGCUCUCAAAACUACAGUUGCUGCGGUCAGAGUAAAUGCUCUGCUCUGUUUAGCAGAGCUGGUUCAAACGCUUGAUAAACCUGCUGUUAUCGAAAUUCUGGAAACAAUUCAGCGUUGUACUGCUGUUGAUCGUUCUGCACCCACCCUUAUGUGUACACUUGCUAUUGCAAACGCGAUUCUCAAACAGUAUGGAGUCGAAUUCACCGCGGAGCAUGUGCUUACCCUGAUGAUGCCGCUUCUCACCGCCCAACAGCUUAACGUCCAGCAGUUUGCCAAAUACAUGCAAUUUGUCAAGGAUAUUCUCAGAAAAAUAGAGGAAAAAAGAGGAGUUACACUGAAUGAUUCUGGAAUUCCAGAGGUGAAACCAAACUCUGUUGCUAAUGGAGUCCAGUUUCAGUCAUCAACCCAAGCACCUGUGAACGUUGCUUCUGCAGCCAAGAGCAGUCCAGCUUGGGAUGAAGAUUGGGCUUCUCCAAGCAAAGGCUCUGCUUCGGGAACUCCCGCGUCUUCUCAUCACGACACAAACAAUCACUUUAACAAAUCCACAAAUCAGUCACAGCCGUCGAUCAUGUCUACUCCUCCCAACAAGCCAACAACACCUACUACCACAUGCCCUCCAGUGGACAUCGAGUGGCCUCCGAAACAGUCUUCAAGCCUCGCUUAUGAGAAAACAGAGCUAAACACAGGAACAUCAUCUACUCCAGGUUUUGAUGAAUUAGAUCCGUUUGCUAAUUGGCCUCCACGUCCCAACAACGGCGCUUCCGUUGCUUCUACUGGUCUCAACAAUGGCGCUUCAUCUGGUUUUAGCAACAAUUUACCUGCCAACACAGCCUUUCAGACAGCUAACAGUGACAACUGGGCAUUCAGCAGUGCCUCAUUGCCUUCCAUGAAACAACCACAGCAAAGUAAUCAGGAUGUACUGAACUCUUUUGGUUUACCAAAACAGAGCCAAGGAACGGCAUCUUUCACCAGUGGUUCAUACAAUAGUAACCAGAAGCCAGCAGACAUCAGCUCCAUAUUCGGUUCAAGCAAAACCGAGCAGCCUGCAAUGAGACUGGCCCCACCACCUUCAGGAGCAAUGGGAAGAGGAAGGGGAAGAGGUAGAGGUGGCACUGGCUCUUCUACCUCAAAGCCCAAUGCUUCACAACCAUCUCUAUUGGAUCUAUUAUGA